AUGGCGGACGAAAACGUCACGGAUCAAAAGUUCAUGAACGAUUUAGGGCAUAUUAUUGAUGUUCACAACCAAUAUGAAGAUCAAUACAAAGCGACUGUACAAAAGAUCACAUCUCGAAUGUCCAAGAAGGAGCGAAAUACCGCAGUUGAUGCUGCGUCUUAUGGAUAUGGACCCCUUGCAUUUUUGAGAUUUCCUCAAGGGACGGGUCAUCUUGCCUUUGGUGGUGAGAUGCAACCCGGUAUGUUCAGAAGCAUUCAUGACCGAAAAAUUGCGAACCCCGCGCCGCUUGGCUUUUGUGGCUUUGCUCUUUCCACUUUUGUGCUAUCUCUUAUUAACGUUGGUACUUUAAAUCUUAAGAAUCUCUCCAUCCUGGUAUGUCUUGGAUUUGUCUACGGAGGGUUGAUUCAAAUUCUUUCGGGUAUGUGGGAAAUGGCGAUUGGAAACACUUUCGGUGCCACAACAUUCACGUCAUAUGGGGCAUUCUGGAUAUCGUAUGCGCUUCUCAUCAUGCCCUCGAAGAGUCUUAAUAUUAUGGAAGCAAUCAAAGUAGCCGAAGGUGGUUACGGUGAAUUGCAAACCGUUGGGCUGUAUUACAUGGGCUGGUUUGUGUUCACCACAUUGAUGACCAUGUUGACUCUCAAGUCAACGAUCGCAAUGUUUCUCUUGUUUUUCUCGUUGGAUUUAUGUUAUCUGUUUUCUGGCGUUUCGUACUUGUAUAACGAUGGAAACGAACCUCAAGCGGCACUUUUAAGAGUCUCGGGCGCGUUCGGUUUAGUGGCUUCCUUUUCAGCCUGGUACAACGCUUUCUCAGGUGUUGCUGACAACACCAACUCCUUAUUUGUUCUUCCUGCCCUCCACUUUCCUUGGACAAGUGGUUCCAGUAUUAAGAAGCUUGACGAAAGCCACAUCGCAUAA